AUGGCCCAGGUGUACGAGAAGUUCGGCCUGCAGGAGGCCACGGUCGACUUCAUCGGCCACGCCGUGGCCCUCCAUCCGAACGACGACUACCUGAACAAGGCGUGCGGCCCAACCAUCCAGAAGUGCAAGCUCUACCUGAACUCGCUGAUGCAGUACGGAGGUUCCCCCUUCAUCUACCCGAUCUACGGGCUGGGAGGCCUGCCGGAGGGCUUCUCCCGGCUCUCGGCCAUCCACCGCGGCACUUACAUGUUGAACAAGCCAGUGGACGGCCUGGAGUUCGACGACGCGGGCAAGGUGAUCGGUGUGCGCUCCGGCGAUGAGGUUGCCAAGGCCCCCCUGGUGAUCUGUGACCCCUCCUACGCGGGCCCGGCCAAGUCGGCUGUGAAGGGCAAGAUCAUCCGCGCGAUCUGCAUCCUCGGCGCGCCCAUCCCAAACACAAAGAGCACCGAAGGUGCCCCUGCGACGUCGUGCCAGAUCAUCCUGCCGCAGAAGCAGCUGAAGCGCAAGAACGACAUCUACAUCAUGAUGAUCUCGUGGGCCCACUGCAUCGCCGCCAAGGACAAGUACGUUGCCAUUGUGAGCACCGUCGUGGAGACCGCCAACCCAGAGCAGGAGAUAGAGCCUGCCAUCAAACUCCUCGGCCCCGUUCUCGAAAAGUUCGUCCAGGUGUCCGAGUACAGGGAGCCCACCGACGAUGGCACAAAGGACCAGGUGUUCGUCACGGCGUCUUACGACCCGACGUCGCACUUCGAGGAUGCCUCGAAGGAGGUGCUCCAGAUGUGGAAGCGGAUCACGGGCAGCGACUUGGACCUGACCAUCACGGAGCAGGACCAGGAGGAUCAGUGA